AUGAAAGUCUUCAUCAUCGGUGAUACAGGGAGAGAAAAAGAAAGAGAAGAAUUCGAACUACUUAAGCCUGCUCAAAUUCGGACCUUUGAAAAGGCGAGAAGGAUCAUGGCAUACGUUGUUCGAUUCGUGGUCACGAUAGUCGCUAAACUCAAUACAAAAUGCGAUCAUUCAUUGACCCUGUCAUUAAUGAUAAAAUGCGAUCAGCCAUUAGCUUCAGAACCAUUAAGUGGAAAGGAAAUUCAAAGGGCUGAGACAUUGCUAAUCAAGCAUCACCAAGAAACAAAAAUCACCCCCGAAAUUAUUAAAGCACUGCAACAUCUCAAUAUCCUCAAAGUUGAUGAAGGGAUUCUCCGUUGUUACGGACGUCUUGGACGUGCUCAAAUGAAUGACAUGACGAAAUAUCCCAUCUUCAUCUUGCAAAAAACUGAUCUUGCAAAAACGAUUAUCUGUGAUUACCAUCGAAAAGGUCAUCCAGCAAUAAAUCAUGCAAUAGCGCUUGUUAGGCAAAAAUUCUGGAUACCACAAUUGCGCUCACAAGUCACCACUUUGAUUCGUAAAUGCCUGCAAUGUCAAAAGUUCAAUAAUCUGCCAUAUAAGUACCCACAACAAGAAGACUUGCCAAAAGAGAGGGUCAUACGAUCCUACCCGUUUCAGCACGUUGGACUGGAUUAUUUCGGGCCACUACCGAUCAUAAGUCCAGUAGGUCAAGGGAAAUGCUAUGGAUCUAUCAUUACGUGCAUGACAACAAGACUCAUUCAUUUGGAUAAAGUCUCCGACCUCACCACUGUAGCAUUUCUACAUAUGCUUCGACGUUUUUUUGCAAGAAGAGGCAUUCCUCAGUCAAUAACGAGCGAUAACGCACCUACCUUCGAAUUGGGGGAAACAACACCGAAUGGAAGUAUUCGAGCUGCAGAAAGUGAUCCAACAAUAACAACAGAAUUGAGUGACAGAGCAAUUGACUGGAAACAUAUUACGCCGUAUGCUCCCUGGCAAGGAGGGUUUUAUGAAAGGCUAAUUAAACCUGUCAAAUGCUCACUCUACAAAACCAUGGGAAGAUCACUUUUGUCUUUCGAAGGACUUUCAACAGUUAUUGUUGAGAUUGAAGGACUGUUGAAUACACGAUCGCUUACGUACAUAAGCAAUGACCUCAAUAUGGAUCAUAUCCUUCGUCCGAUCGACUUUCUGCAAAAAGACCUGACAAUACAUUAUCCAAUGGGAACUAUGAACGACGAACUGCAUGAUCCAAGCUAUGCUCCACCUGAGCAGAUAGUAAUGUUACAAACAAAAAGGCAAGUUCUACAAUCUUCAUGCGAACUUACAGAAAAAUUUUGGCAUGUCUGGCAAACACAAUAUCUUAGUGCUCCUAGGGAGAAACAUCUAACCCAAGUAGGAAAGAAGAAAGGUUGUUUCCAAAAUCCAAAAGAAGGAGCGAUAGUUCUCAUUUGCGACUCAAUACAACCUCGUUACUCCUGGAAAAUGGGAACAAUAACCAAGCUGGUUCAAAAUAACAAGGGAACAACACGAGAAGCAAUCCUACGCUUACCAUCACAACGUCUGAUACGACGUCCUGUGAGUCUUCUCGUCCCCCUCGAAUUGGAAGAUGAUUCCUUGAAUAAUCCAACUACCCGAGAAAGAAAAAUCUCUGAGAUCGAAACCAGCGUCUCGCAAUCACAGAAUACACCAAAAAGUACCAGGUACAAUCUCCGGAAAAGAAAAUCUAUCAACUACGGUAACAAUGACCAUGAAGGAUCUGCUAGGGAAGAAGGACGAGAAAAUGACCGUUCUCGCAAUCCUUUAUCAAUAUCCAUGAUGCUACAAGUUUCACUAGUAUUGAUACUCAUAAAUUUGCCCAAUGUAAUCAAUGAAUCUACGGUGAAGAAUGCAACGCGCAUUAUUCAAUGCAUUGAAGGUGGGGUACAACUUAUUUCUCCCGCACGAAAUCCCUAUGAAAUAUGCGCGGAACACUACUGCGUGCAGAUAGAUACACCAAGAACGGAAGAAAACAUCAGUUUUCCACCAGAAAUUACAUUACACGAACAUCUGGUACAAUGGAAACUCUCCGAAAUACAGAAUGUUCGCAUUGUUGAAAUACAAUGCCCACCAGCUCCAUUCUGUCAAUCAAUAGCAUGUACCUUCUGUGCAGUCAACAUUCUAAAUCCAGAAUGUUGGCCAAAGAGUGCAAUACUGGCGACUGCAAUACUAUUAUAUUUUCUGAUAACAGGAUGCUAUGUUUUCCUCUACGUACCAUGUGUAGUGGGUCAACCAGUUCGUGUACUUAUGAGAAUAUUUUGGAAACUCAUAAGGCUCGUUUAUCGAGGAUGUCAAAAACUCUGUAAAAAGAGGAAUUCUAGGUCAAUGACAAGACGAAGACUCCUAGCCGAAAUCAUAGCAAUAGCAGUAUGA